AUAAAUAUAAAUAGAAGCUGUAAUCAUAAUUGGUUUCAUAUUAAAAAUCCAUACUAUACAAGACAAGACGCAAUUAUUAUGAGGAAUAUUAAUCUACUAAAACUAUCAACUGGCCUUACGAUUGCGGUGUGCAUUGUUGCGACCACGUACGCCAUCUCCAGCACAUGGGGCAACAUCUCGAAUUCGGCGCAAUUGUUGCAUGUGGAGAAUGUGUUUAAUGCGUCAUCGCCUGGAAAAUAUGUGAAUCGUGAAAUUAUAUUUCCCAAAAAUGGCAUUGGCAAUGGACGCAUUAUCACCGGCAUACGCGCCUUCGAUCAAGUGACAAAUGGCACUGGCGGUCAUGCCACCAUUUAUUCGGGUGGACCAGGUUUCAAUAAUGUUACCAUCAAACUGCAAUCCCAAUAUAAUUAUGGACUAAUAUUUCGUGUGGAAAUUUACGGCAAAUAAUCACUAGCAGACUAAUUUCUUAAUUAACAAAACAUACCUAUUUUUAUUUAGUAAUAAUUAUUAUUUUUGUGUUUUUCUUUUUUUGUUUUUGGUUAGUUAAGGUACUUAUUUUUCUAGAACUAAGCAAUACUAAUACGAACAGCAAGUUUUAAGAAAAAAUGCAUGUAUAGAGCAAAAGAGCACAAGAAAUUAAUGACUUAUGUCUUUUAAUGUUAAACUUUUAAGAUAAGCAAUUAUGCACGUACAUACGUGCGUAUGUAUGUAACUGUGACAGAUGUGACAUUAUUGAAAAAAUGAAUAAAAAACAUAUUAUUAAAUAUUAGAGCAUUUUCAUGAAACCAUGUGCUUGAAGAGAAUUCCGUUAAUAAAUCAAAUAUUUGAAGAUAA